UUUAUUUUGAGUGUAGAGGUAGAUAUUAAAUUAGGUUAAAAUUUUACCCCCUGCAUCAGGGAAUAGUAGUGCAGGCUUUUAAUCCCAGCAGAAGCAGAUGGAUUUCUAUGAGUUCAAAGCCAGCCUGGUCUACAUAGCGAGACAAUGUCUCAAAAAUGAUUUUGUUGCUAAAUAUUGCUAAAAGACAUGCCAAUUGACCUUCUGUGUUUCUUCUUUAGAUGGCAUCCAUGUAUCAGUCUGGCAUCCAAUUUGUUAUGUACUGAGGAUGACUUUCGAAUCUGAUCCUCCUGCCUUCAUCUCUUAAAUGCUGAAACUAUAGGCACACACCCCCAUACCCAGUUUUAUGUGGCUGGAGACUGGACCCAGAGCUUUGUUCAUACCAGGCGAGCACUCUUCCAACUGAGCUGCAUUUCCAGCCCUGAGCUCAUCUUUAAGUAGGAUUUUGGUGCUCCAAACUUGGAAUAAAAUAUAGUUUUGAACAGAAAUAGUUACCUUCGUUAGAAAUGAACAUGCUUAGGAAAAUCAUGUGCCUACAGAGAUGAUCUUGGAGAGACUCAAGACAUACUGUCACUGGAUUCAUAGCCCUGACACAUCAGGAGUGGAUUGAAGAGUCUUCAUAUAAUGACGACGACAUGGGCCUCACUUCCUUGGCUUUGGGAGAUGAACAGAAUGAGGCAACACUGGUAACUGUAUUUGAAGUAAAUUUGAAGUCAAGUCACACUUGCUGGUGAAGAUGCAAGAAGUAAAAGAGACGAUGAAUAUAUAAAUAAACUACUGAAAAUUUUAGCUUAGGCCAACAUACCGAGUUCUUUUAAACACUGGAUGUGUUUUUAAGCCAUAGUGACAGUUCCAUCUAUAGGAAAGGUACCUGAUUAAGGGUUUCCUUGUGAAUCUAGACAUGGGCAGCUAUUGAAAUUGUCCUGAAGGGUUUGAUUUUCAUUUUCGAAGCAAGUGUGUUACUUGGCUGAGCCCAUAUUCAAAGGCUGGGUGCAUUGAUCCCCUGCAAGACACUUGAAGGUUAAGUAACGCAGAUCUCGACUAAUCUGGUUAAGCUGCUGAUGCUAAAUGUCGGCUGGCAUCCCAGCACACCAGCUUCUACAUGCUCUUGAUUUGCCACUUACCUUUUGUUCAGAUAGCCACUUUGGAGCGAUGUGGCUCUUUGCAUGUCUGUGCCUUAUGCUUAGUUUUCUGGGAGGAGUGAGCUGUACCUGUCCCUCUGAGUGCACCUGUGAUUAUCACGGCAGAAAUGACGGCUCAGGAUCAAGGUCAGUGUUGUGUAAUGACCUGGAUAUGAAUGAAGUUCCUACGAACUUCCCCGUGGACACUGUGAAGCUUCGGAUAGAGAAGACUGUGGUGCGAAGGAUCCCCUCAGAGGCCUUCUACUACCUGGUGGAGCUGCAGUAUCUCUGGCUGACGUACAACUCGGUGGCCAGCGUGGAGUCCAGCAGCUUUUAUAACCUGAAGCAGCUGCAUGAGCUGCGUUUGGAUGGGAAUGCCCUAACGGCUUUCCCGUGGGGGUCUCUGCUGGACAUGCCCCACCUGCGGACACUGGACUUGCACAAUAACAGGAUAGCCAGUGUGCCAAACGAGGUGGUCAGAUAUCUGAAGAACCUUACCUACUUGGAUUUGUCAAGCAACAGACUAGCCACACUGCCACCAGAUUUCCUGGACAGCUGGUCCCAUUUAGCUGUGACACCUUCCAGAAGCCUGGAUCUUCCACUGAGAAGAAUUAUUCUUGGUUUACAGGACAACCCUUGGUUCUGUGACUGUCACAUUUCUAGACUGAUUGAGUUGUCGAAAGUUGCUGACCAUGCUGUUAUACUUCUGGAUCCUCUGAUGGUCUGCAGUGAACCCGAGCGCCUGGAAGGAAUCUUAUUUCAGAGGGCGGAGCUGGAACAGUGUCUGAAGCCCUCAGUGAUGACCUCGGCUACCAAAAUCACGUCUGCUCUGGGUAGUAACGUUCUGCUGAGGUGUGAUGCCACUGGCUACCCUACCCCACAGCUGAUGUGGACCAGAUCCGACAGCUCACCAGUUAAUCAUACAGUAAUUCAGGAGUCUCCAGGAGAAGGAGUCAGAUGGUCCAUCAUCAGCUUGACAGGCAUCUCCCACAAGGAUGCUGGGGAUUACAGGUGUAAAGCCAAAAAUCUAGCCGGGACAUCAGAAGCUGUGGUUUCGGUGACUGUUGUUGGUGAUGUUACGACCACCCUAGUACCGGACACUACAGGAAGGAGCCCUGGAGAGCACCCUGAACAGGAUCCCCGCCCAGGAGCAGGAAGAUCAACACCUCUACCUAAGUCGUGGUUGUCGCCCGGGCUCUCUUCUACUGCGUCCUAUUCCACUCCCUCGACUGCUCUAUCUACAUCGACAUCGCCUCCUUCUUCCUUCUCUUUGCCUCCUGUCUUCUCUGUCGCCUUGGCAACCACAAGUGUCAAAACCAGCAGCUCAGAAAGCACCAUCAGGAUGAGCCACCAGCCCUUCCUGCUCCACCCCAGCGGCGGCGGGAAAAGCAGCCCAGAGCUGGAGAAGAAUGGAAGUAAGUUUCCUCCAGUCAGUGCAAGUAAGAAAGAGGAGUUGGCGUUGUUGGACCAGGCAAUGCCCACGGAAACAAAUGCCACUAUAGACAACUUCAGGGUGGCCAGCGAAACGGGAGUGAGUGUGACUUUGACAUGGAACACCACCACACGGGGGUCUGCUGUGACUGUGCUGUAUUCCAAGUACGGAGAGAAGGACCUGCUGCCAGUGAAUGCAGACUACAGCAAGAACCAGGCCACCAUAGAUGGCCUGGAACCCGGCAGUCAGUAUAUAGCAUGUGUCUGUCCCAAAGGAGCGGUUCCCCAGAAGGACCAGUGUAUCCUGUUUUCUACCAACAGAGCGGAAGAACGUGACUCACAGUGGUCACUCCUGAUCGUGGUGACCAGUACUGCCUGUGUUAUAGUCGUGCCCCUCAUUUGUUUUUUAUUAUAUAAAGUCUGCAAAUUGCAAUGCACAUCGGACGCUUUCUGGGAAGAUGAUUUGGCAAAAGAGACCUAUAUCCAGUUUGAGACCCUGUCGCCCAGAUCACAGAGUAUAGGAGAGCUGUGGACACGGAGGCACAAAGACGAUGCAGAGAAGUUGCUGCUGUGUUCUCGGACAAGUGUGGACUCUCAGGUGAACUACAGAAGUGAUGGCUGUAGACCAGAAUAUUAUUGCUGAGGUUUUGCAGGUGAGAUGAAUGUGAGCAAAGAAGUGAGGGUGCUCAGGCUGUCAUAGACCCUCUGUUGGAUGGCUUUUGAACAGACUUUCAUAUCGUCUAUGAGAAUCACAAAUUUUUUUGAUGUAUUUUUUUUGCCGGAGCUGAGGACCAAACCCAGGACCCUGUGCUUGCUAGGCAAGCACUCUACCACUGAGCUAAAUCCCCAACUCCUUGAUGUAUUUUUUUAAUUUAGUUGAGGAACAUCUCAAUUAAAACAACAAAUGACUUUGAUUUUUAUUACACAAAUGACAUCCAUAUAAAUAAUUUUGAGUGGUAUUUAAUAAGCUUAUAAUAAUUUUCGGACAAUUUAGUUCCUAAAAUAAGUUGACAAGAAAAUGCUUAUGAUAGGUAAACUCUGCAUUUAAAAUAGAGUAUAUUUUGAUCUGUGAGGAAAUGCUAGCAUAACCAGCUAAGCCUGGUGGCCCUGACUCCUCAAAGUGCUAUAGGGGGUUUGCUGUGGGCAUUCGCCACUGCUGCCUGGUGCGUGAACAGAGACCCUAACGAAGUUUAUGUCCACAAAUAGCUUUUUCUAUCUCAUUCUUUGAAGUCAGAUAUUAGUCAGCUUAAGUACAAAAAGUGGAACAUAACAAACACAAAACUUCUGUAGAACUAGGGUUUGUAUUUUAACACGGUACCCAGUGGUUGUAUUUUCAACACGGUCGAUGGACUGUAUGGGUCUCGUGAUGUGUUAAUCUAAGAACAACCUCCUUCAUUUCUUUCCACCUCCCCGGUUAUCUCACCAUCUCCCUUCCCUUCCCUUCCCUUUCUUCAUCUUCUAAGGGGCAGAAGAUGCACAGCAGCCAAAGGACUCUAAGCUCAGCUGUCUUCUGCCUCGACCUGUUUGUGCUCUCUAGGUAGAGAGAAGGCCUUUGAUACUUCUUUUCUGUUGUUGUUGAGGCAUAGUGGUUUGCUCCUUUGUGUUUGUUUUUUCAUUGUUGUGGGGAUUGGUGUUUUCCCUGAACAUACAUCUGAGGACCUGCUGUUUGCCCAGUGCCCUCAGAAGACAGAAGUGGGCCUCAGGUUCCCUGGGACCAGAGAUUAAACAACUCAUUCAUUGCUGUGUGAUGAAUGGAUCAAGAAGAAGAAGAAGAAGAAGAAGAAGAAGAAGAAGAAGAAGAAGAAGAAGAAGAAGAAGAAGAAGAAGAAGAAGAAG